UCUGCCCACAUUGCAUUCAGUGGUUCCCAGAUCAAUGGGUCCAGCAUUUGCAGCCCGGCCUGUUUUGCCUUUCCCAAAAAAACUGGGAUUAGCCGGCUGAGACUCUUAGAGAGCAGAUUAUUAUUAUUAUUUUAUUUUAAUGGGAUGGCUUCCAAUCAGCAGCUCCGGACUUUGCCAUUGGAGGAGAAGUGGCUAAUCCGGUCCGAGGGAAAGAAAAUGGCAAAGCUCGCCCGCGCUCCCCUGUGCGCCUUCUCCACCCCUUUUCUGCAAGCCUCUGCAAACGCCGCGGCGGGCGCGCGGGGGAAACGGCGGCGGAGCAGAGCGAACCAGUAGAGUUGCUGCCGCCGCCGCCGCCGCGCUGCCCUGCAAAUCAAACUCCCAUGCAAAGAAGGAGACCCUCUCGACCCACUCACCUCCUGGGCGUUCGCUCUCCCACGAAGAUAUGGAAGAUCAAGAUACAGAGCUUACUGCUGGAUUCUGACUCCUGGGCAGUCUGUUUGCCUUACUCUACCCUCUUGGUUUCCAAGUCCUCCAGACCCUCAGUUUGUCAAAAAGAAAAAAAAAAUCAGAAAAAGUGUGCAGGAGGAAAGAAAAAUGAAACUUUUGGGAACAAGAUUACAGAGGAGUGCUUCAGGAGAACUGAUGGUGCCGCGAUGCAGAAGAGAUGUGUGGCCUUCAUUCCUCAAGUCCGUUUAGAAAGAUGCCAGUUACUGUAUCUGUAGAAGAGAAGAAGAUCACUGAAUCCAACUCUCCAAAGGCUUAAACAGGCAUUCAAUCAACAGAUGCAGAAAUGAAUAACUCCACGAACAUAAGUUAUUUGGAGGACAGAAUGACCCUGCCAAGUCCUUAUAAAACAGUUGAGGUUGUCUUCAUUGUCCUGGUGGCUGGUUCCCUCAGCCUAGUAACCAUCAUUGGGAACAUCCUGGUUAUGGUGUCCAUAAAAGUCAAUAGGCACCUACAAACUGUCAACAAUUACUUUCUUUUCAGCUUAGCCUGUGCUGAUUUGAUCAUUGGUGUCUUUUCCAUGAAUCUGUAUACGCUUUACACUGUGAUAGGUUCCUGGCCAUUAGGACCUGUGGUUUGUGACUUGUGGCUGGCCCUUGACUAUGUAGUCAGCAAUGCUUCUGUCAUGAAUCUUCUCAUUAUCAGUUUUGAUAGGUAUUUUUGUGUGACCAAACCUCUGACCUAUCCAGUCAGGCGGACCACUAAGAUGGCAGGGAUGAUGAUUGCAGCUGCCUGGGUUCUUUCUUUUAUCUUAUGGGCACCUGCAAUUCUCUUUUGGCAGUUUAUUGUAGGACAAAGGACGGUAGCCGAUAAGGAAUGCUACAUCCAGUUCCUGUCCAAUGCGGCUGUCACCUUUGGCACAGCUAUUGCAGCUUUCUACCUGCCUGUUGUGAUCAUGACCAUUCUGUACUGGCAAAUAUCCCGUGCUAGUAGGAGCAGGAUUAAAAAAGACAAAAAGGAGGGAGGCCAAAACCAGGAUCCAGCAUCACCAAGUUUAGUUCAAGGUAAAAUAGGGAAACCAAAUAAUAACAACCUCCCUACCAAUGAAGAUGGGACUGAACACAAUAAAAUCCUGAAUGGUAAAGCCACUGGGGAGCCAGUAAUGGAGAACUGUGUUCCAGCAGAAGAAAAAGAGAGCUCAAAUGACUCCACUUCUGUCAGUGCAGGUGCUUCCAAUGUGAAAGAGGAUGAAGCAAUCACAGAGAAUCCCAGAGCUUCUGUCUCCCAAGUUAAUGCAAAAGUGGAGAAUUCUAAAUUGACGUGCAUUCGGAUACUCACAAAGUCCCCCAAAGGAGAUUAUGGUGGCUCUACUAAUACUGCUGUGGAGAUUGUCACCACUGAUGGACAAAAUGGGGAGGAGAAGCAGAACAUUGUAGCACGUAAGAUUGUCAAGAUGACAAAACAGCCUGCCAAAAAGAAGGCCCCUCCUUCCAGGGAGAAAAAAGUAACCAGGACUAUUUUGGCUAUUCUGCUGGCUUUCAUCAUUACUUGGACACCAUACAAUGUCAUGGUACUCAUCAACAGCUUCUGUUCAUCUUGUAUUCCCAACACAGUAUGGACCAUUGGUUACUGGUUAUGCUAUAUCAAUAGCACCAUCAACCCUGCUUGCUAUGCUCUCUGCAACGCUACUUUCAAGAAAACCUUUAAGCAUCUCCUUAUGUGUAACUACAAGAACAUAGGAGCCACGAGGUAAAACCAGAAUAAUGGGAAGGGGGCCUCAAAAUUGGGGGAAGAGAGCUCCAGAUUUUAUAAAACAAUGCCAUAGCACUUUAUGCUCUAGUAUGAAAUCAAGAAGCUGGAGAACGUGACAACAAGUUGAGAUUUUGUGCUCCCUCUCCACAAUAUCUGCACUUCAACAAUGAUAACUUUUGGAUCUGUGAGUCAUUUGGAGGGAAGGCUAUAACUGAGUGUAAGACCUGAGACAAUGUUCCUUCCUCUCUCAUGGCAGAAGGGCUUUUGAAUCCAUUCUUCAUUUGUGGGCACAACCUGUCCCCGAGAAAUUCUUCUGAGCAAAGCUUUUUGGGGUUUGCUUUGCUAAAGGGAAAACUGCACAAAAGCAUUUCAGGAAGCUGAACUGAGUAGGUAUAAUCAAGUAUUCUAGAGCCAUUUCCCAGUUUGUGUGUUCAUUUCAAACUGAGGGAAAGUGAGUAGGGGGCGACAUCUAACAUACUUCAUGGAAGCUAUAAGAAAAACCAGAACAGUGAACAUGGAAUAAUUCCAGUCAGUUUGUUUCUGAAUUAUUUAUUAAUAUAAUGUUACGGAAAUGCAAAGGGAAAGGCUUGUGUUUAAGGAGCUUACUAUUAAAAUAGGUAGUCCUCGACUUACAACCACAAUUGAGCCCCAAAUUUUUGUUGCUAAGUGAAAUUUUGCCCCAUUUUAUGACUUUUCAUGCCAAGUUGUUAAGUGAAUCCCUGCAGUUGUUA